UUUAAAUAUGUAAACUAUUAUUUUCUUCUCUUUUCUUUCUUACCGCUAUUUUUUAUUUUUCUUCUUCGUGCUUCCUCUAUUUUUAUUUUUAUUCUUCGUGACAGGGGUUCGCUUUGGCCUGGGGGGUCAAGUUCAGUGUUCGCUACAAUGAUAUCUGGCGCCAUCUAGCGUCGUGAAUGGGUAUCAUGUCUAGACCCCGAAUAUAAGACGAACCCCACUAUUUCAGUGUUAUUUCAAUGCAUACAACACCGUCUUAUAUUCGGGCCAAUACGGUAACAUUUCGUGAAACUUGGGAGUUUAUUUCACAAUUCCAAAAGUACUUUGAUAUCGAAACGUUGGCCUUGUUGAAGUGUCUUCCUUAAAUUGCAGAUUCAGAAAACUUGAUUUCUUCAAAUGUAAUUGCUUUAUUGGCUGUGGCGUCUCUCAGCUUCAUGUUGGCAAUCGACGUAACGCACGACUACGUUUCGGCAGCGUAUGCAAGUGCCAGGUCCUGGGCGAUGCAUUUCCAUCAAACUUGGUCUUGAUGAUGUCUUGAUAAACGACAGAGUUGACAUUGGACGAGAGAAGUCUGCUCAUGACACGGCAACCAAACCAUCACCAAAUGUGUGGAGCCUUCGCGCUUAACUUGAAACGUCUUGGAGUGCGUGCUUCUCUACUCUUUGUCCAGACUCUUGCUCCGGAGCGAUGUCAGACACCAAAAUGUUAUUUAUUUUCUCAUUUAUUUUUGGAGGGGACAUCCAAGCUGUUUUAAAUGGUUGCUUGCUGUUCCAACUCCCAAGGGUCGGUUGAGGAUACUUUCAAUCCAAAGACAUCUGAGUCAUCCACCUCGCAUCCCCAACUCCUCUCCUGCCGUUGCUAAUAUAAAUAAAAGUGCCUUGGUGUUGUCCGCCGCUUUAGCUCCCUCUAGGGCUAAGAAUGGAAAGUCUGCGUGUACAGCAAGACUGUGGCGCUCUUGUUGGCUUAGUGGGGAAGGGGGAGGAGAUGGAGGAGUGGUGGUGGGACGUUUGUGGGAGUGAGGACUAUGCAGCUUGUACAUUUCCAGACAGGGAAAUCCAGUGGCGAGGACACAGGACGAGGCGCUCGGUCCCGUCAAGGUGAUGAGAAGACGGUCCGUUAAGAAUUGAAGGGCGCUGCGGAGAUGCCGAGAGGAAGCCGGUCCAGGAAAGGAGCCGUGGACUGACUUUGAUUGCGGUCUCAGCCAUGGCUUCAGAGGCCAUGGAGGACUGUGUCCAGGGGGCGCUCUCGUCCCUUUACCCACCUUUUGAAAGUACUGCACCGCCUCUCCUCUCGCAGGUGUUCACCGUGCUGGAGUCCACCUACCAGCAGGACAGCCUUCGCUACCUCUUGGACUACUUUGUCCCUGCCAAGCACCUCCUUCACAAGCUCCAGCAACAUGCCUGUUCUCAGUACCUGGGCUGCCUCUUCCUCCACUCCGGCUGGCCACUUUGUCUUGGCAGUAAAGUGGUGGUCCAGCUCUCCACCCUGGACUGGAGGCUCCUGCGGAGCAAUGAUUUCUAUCUGCAAGUGGUACCCUUCUCUACCCGCUGUCCCCGGUUGGCCCUCAAGUGUCUGGCCCCCGGUGGGCGCACUGUUCAGGAAAUCCUAGUGCCUGAGUCCCAGCAUCCCCUCGUUUUCACCAGCGAGUGGCUGCACAGCAUCAACAAAGAACGGGGCCACAGGAGGGAAGCAGGCGGUGGUCUCGACACCUGCUUGGUGAGCACCUGUGACGGUGUCCUGCGCCUUCCGUGGAAGGAGGUGGUCUACCCCGAAUUCAUCCACGACCCGUCUGAGGAAGCUCGCCCGCCUUGCAAUCCCGACGGUUACAUGUCCAAGGGUCUAACCGAGGAGCGGUCCAGGGACUCGUGGGGCUGGGCUGAGGAGGAGGAAGAGAAAGACAAGGCCUUGCUGCCGGACGGCUUGGCCUCGGAGCCUGCGCUUCCCCGGCGGAGGCGCAGCGAAGAUGGGCUCGGGCGGACUGCGAGAUAUCCUGAGCUGGAUGGAGACUAUGUGGAGCUGCUGGAGCCAAGAGGAGGACCGGACGGAGGUGUUGACCCGAGGCACAGAUACUUGGAGAUGCACGGGAUAUGCAAAACUAAGACUUUGCCACUUUGCAAGAGGGGGAUGGCCAUCAAACUGCGGAGGGGAAAGUUGGUGGGAGGUGGCCAAAUGGACAACUUCGGUAGCGUUGGAGGGAUCUGUGGACCUAAAUCAAAUCUGACUGCCCCCAAGGACACUGUGCUCGAACCUGGGCUUCCUUCGAGGGUCACGCAAACGAGCACAGAAAGACAAUCUUUCCCCUAUCCUGCCAAGGACAAUAACGGCGCCGAUAACGGCGUCGAUAACGGAGGCGAUAUAACCAAGAGAGACACCGAGGGCCGAGGAAGCCACCCAUUUAAAGAGAGGCGGCCUGGCGUUGGGGGUGAGGGUGAGAUGAACAAGGUGACGCAGCCAAAGAGAGAAGAGUCCGAAAUCACUCGCCUCUCCAGAGAGCUCCCCGACACAAUCGGACAUGUCAUAGAGGGCUGCUCCGACCCGGGGUCCCAUUCAGACUCUGUAUUCGAGGACACGGACAAACCACAAAGUGGCGACAGUGAUGCUGCAACACCAACGUGGGAUGCACCAGACAAAACCUUUGCUGCCCUGGCUAGCAAUAGCACGAGGGAUAGCAAGAGCGCGGCAGAUAGCAAUAACGUGACAGCCAACCAAAUGAGAGAUGACGGCAAAAAGAAGAUUCGAGAGUGCACGAGAGGAAAAGAAGUCAAAGCUUGCGGCUUCAGACCUCCAAGGAGGAAGAGGAGGGGAAAGGGAGCCAAAGGGAAGGCUCGGCCCAGCGGUCGGGCUUUCCGCGGGGGCUCCAAAACGCACGGGAAAGCUCAUGCUCAUCUGAGCUCCACUUCCUGCUCUGGCUCAACGCGGCGACCAAUCACGGAGGAGCUCUGUUCGGAACCGUCAUCCGAUGGCGAGUGCCUGUCGGAGAACGCCACAACCAGUAGCGCAGAGGCAGACUCUUUGCCCGUCUGCAACGGCCUCUCGGCUGCCUUGACCACCACCAAUGAGGAGGUAGAGUCCGGUGAUUCGUGUAAAGAGACUCCUUUGCUUCGGGAAUUAAACACAGAGCUCCUCUGGUCAGGACAACUACGGAUGCCGGGUACGGUGGACAGAUUGGGACGUGCCCUGGUCAUGGCCGUGAUGGGAGAUUCCGGCAGCGGCGAGGAGAUGGCGCGCAUCCUGGCCUGCUAUCACAGGAUCACACGGUCUGCGGCCAAAGAAAAAGGUCUGACGGUGUUGAUUGACAGCAGACGCUCGCCGCCGUCUUCGCUCUGCCUCUCCACACUCAGGUUAUUCCAGCGGCUGGUUCCUGGCGGUCUUGGAGCAGUUCUUUUUUUGGUGGAGAAUCAGCAGCCUUCUUUUGAUCUGGAGGGAAUAGAGGUCCACAUGGUGCGAGGAACAGCUGUACUUGAGCAGUUUGUAGACAGGCAACAGCUGCCCACAGAAAUGGGGGGCGAGUUCAGCCACUGCCACUCAGACUGGCUCUCCUUCAGACUGAGCUUAGAGAGUCUCACUGAGCGCUGCGAGAGCGCCCUCCGCCUGCUGGGAGAAGCGCUGCAGUCGAUGGACGCCGAGCCCACGGUUGACAACAUCAAGGAGGUACCAGCGAGCACGGACAAGCACCGGCGCCUCAUGGCCAGCGUCCUCGCCGACUCCCGCUUGACUGAGCUCCAACGCGGGGGCGGGGCCUGGCUGGCGGGAUUGACCAACAGCGGGUUGGCGCAGACGUCACCAGAUUGCAGGGCCGCGCUCGCCACCGCCUCCAAACUUUACGACAGCGUGGACGACGCCCUCCAUCGGCUGGUGCGAGUAUCCAACCGGAGGGCUCGCAACCUGGACGCGCUGGGCCGACUGGCUGGCCUGGUCAACCAGUUGGAAAAGUGUGACGAGGAGAUAGAGCGAGUGCAGUCGCAGGUGCACGGCUACAAGGACCCGCCUCUCUCGCUGAGCAGACUGUCGCUCCAGCAGCAGAAGUUCAAACAGUUGCGGGAAGCAGCAAACGAGCUGCACAGUCGAACUCUGUCUGUGCUCACCGACCUGGAGACUUGGAACGAGUUGGACUGGGUGGGCCUCAACGACAUCCAGAUCCAACUCCCUUCAUUUAAGGAGCGUCUACGGGACAUGUCCCACUGUCUGUCUGACCGAUGGACUGCCUUGGACAACACGCAGCGGCUGCUGUCCACACUGACCGAGGCUUCCCAGUGGUGUGACGAAGUCUCCUCCGCCUCCCCCGUUUGCCCCCUCGCCUCCCUCCCCCCUAUUCCGCCGUCCCGCUUCCAGGAUGCCCGCUCUUUGGCCGUGGACUUGGGCGGCGGAGCCCUGCUGGAUCUGUGGAGCCGCACGGUGGAGCGUUACCAGCAGACCGUAGCGCAGGUGAAGCCGCGCUUCCUCCAAUCUGAGCGAGGCCAGAACCAAGGCCAGGGCAAGGCCAAGACGCCCAUCCCCGGAAACCUGUGGGACGCGGAGGGAGAGGGCGACUGGGAGUCUGGGUCCAGAGGAAGUGAGGGGGGACUGCAGUCUUGGGGCUCGCUGGCCUCGCUGUUCAGACCGCAGACUUGCUCCACGCUGAAGAUAGGAGACGAGAAGGGAUAUAAAAAAGAGGCUGCAGGGGGAGGAGGAAACUUUCUGCAGAAUCUUUUGAAGAAGAGCCCCACAGAGGCGCCGCUCCCUGCCAAGCCCCCCAGGAAGAGACACCCUAGCUUCGACCUGCAGGCCCUCCUGGCCCCCCGCAGAGGUGCUGGCAGUCCUAAAGCCGCAGAGUGCCGUACCUCCCCCAAGUCUUGGCUGGGCCGCAGGGCCCUAGUGGACCCUGUGGUCACCACUGGUAUGGCUGCCGCCGUCCAAGGGGGAGGUGGGGUGUUGAUCAGGGGGGUGGAGGUCAGCAGCAAGGAGGUGGUGGACCACACGGGCUCUCCGCGGCAACAUGUGCUUCUAGGCAGGACCGAGAGGGAGAUGGGGACGGAACGAUCCGGAUCCACGGUCCAGAGCAAACUCUACCUGCUCUGGUGCAGGAUGCUGAGCAGCGAGCGACAGUAUGUGGCCGUUCUCAAGGGGGUGCAGGAGACUUACCUCUCCCUGCUGGAACUCUCAGACACGCCAGAAUCCCUCCGGGGCAAGGCGGACAGCCUCUUCCCCUGCUGGGCCGACCUGACUGCCUUCCACUCACAAGAACUUCUGCCCGCCAUGGAGGAUGCGCUGGUGCAAAGCUUGCUGCAGCAGGACUGCUUCAGUAAAUUUCGGGACCACUUUCUGCAUUAUUCCCAUUACAUCCGCACCAAACCGGAACUGGAUUCACCUCUGGUCACGCAAGCUGCCGACUUCUUUAAAUCCACUCUACCCGGCACCGCCGCCUCCCCCUUGUCGCCUCUGUGUUUCCCUCAGUGCCUGCAGGCACCCCCACAGAGGCUGGAGCAGUACUGUGAGGCCUUGGAGGAGCUGGGGGGCAUCAAUCCCACCACUGACUCGACCCUCUCCAUCCUGAGACAUGCCCAGCAGCAUGGCGAGGACCUCAGGGCCAGCGAUCUCAUCGUCGGUUGUCCGGUGAAUCGCAAGGCAUUCCCAGGCCAGCCGGGAGACAUAGUCUCUCCGGCAUGUCCUGAGUCAUUCCCGAGGCCUCCUGUCGGUGGUACAUGCCCUUAACACCCCACAAGGGAGACGUCUAGGAGACAUCCUAAUCAGAUGCCCGGGCCACUUCAUAUGGCUUCUCUUGCUGAGGAGGAGAAGCGCUCGAAUCGGAGCCCCUCGCGGAUGACCGAGCUUCUCACCUUAUCUACAAGGAAGUGACGCCCUGCGGAGUAAACUCAUAUCAGCUGCUUGUAACCUGGAUCUCGUUCUUUCAGUCAUGACCCAUAGCUCGUGACCAACCAUAGAUGAAGGCAGGAAUGUACUGUAGAUCGACCGAUUAAUCGAGAGCUUUGCCUUUUGGCUGACAGACUGAUAUAAACUCCGCAUCACAGCCGUACACAUCCACCUGUCGAUCUCCCGCUCCAUCCUGCCCUCCCUUGUGAACAAGACAACAGGAUACUUAAACUCCUCCCCUUGGGGUAAGAUCUCAUCCCCAACCCGGAGAGGGCACUCCACCCUUUUCUGACCGAGGACCAUUGUUUUAGAUUUGGAGGUGCUGGUUUUAAUCCCAACCGCUUCAAACUCAGCUGCGAACUGCUCCAGUGAGACUUGGGGAUCCCGGCUUGAAGAAGCCAACAGCACCACAUCCUCUGCAAAAAGAAGAGAUGCAAUACGGAGGCCAGCAAAUCGGAACCCCUCAAUGCCUCAGCUGCACCUAGAAACUGAUCUAGGGACAAACGGUUCAGUACCCCUUACUCCCAAAGCACGCCCCAUAGAACUCCCUGAGGCAUACUGUUGAACGCCUUCUCAAAGUCCACAAAGCACAUAUAGACUGGUUGGACAAACUCUCAUGCACCCUCAAGAACCAAGGGUGUAGAGCCGGUCACCUGUUCCACGGCCGGGACAAAAAGCACACUGCUCCUCCUGAAUUUGAGACUCAACCUCCCGAUGGACUAUCUUCUCUCCUCUGAAUAGACCUUAUCAGGGAGGCUGAGGAGUGUGAUCCCUCUGUUGUCGGAACAAACCCUCCGAUCCCCUUUUUUAAAAAGGGGGGGAUCGCCACCUCGGUCUGCCAAUCCCGAUGACCACGCAAAGUAGUUCCACAGCCUUGCGGAACUCCGCGCGGAUCUCAUCCACCCCUGGGGCUUCGCCACCAUGGAGCUUUUUCACCACGGCGGUGACUUCAAUCGCAGAGGUGGGAGAGCUCACCUCAGAGUCCUCAGACGUUGCUUCCUCUAAGGAAUGCAUGUUGGUAGAGUUGAGGAAGUCUUCAAAGUAUGCUGCCCAUCGACUCAAAAUGUCCUGAGUCAAGAUCAGCAGCGUCCCAACCCCACUGUACACAGUGAGAGAUCGGACGGUAAACCAGAAUUUCCUCAAAGCUGUCCGGAACUUGGCUUCCAUGGCCUCACUGAAUUCUUCCCAUGCCUGAGUUUUUGCCUCGGCGACCGCUUAAGCUGCGCUCCACUUAUCCAUCUGCUACCUCUGGAAUCCCACAAGCCAUAAAGGCCUGAUAGGGAUCCUUUAUCAGCUUGACAGCAACCCUUACUACCGGUAUCAGUACUGCCUGGCAUGAUGUGGCACAAAGCAGUACUACAGACGUUCCAGUAGACGGGCUGUUUCGUACGUCUGUGUCAGUUUCCGUGACAUUCUCUCAAUGACAGUUCAAAAUAUGAAACCUCCAAGUUAUAUUUCCUGGAAGCUAUCGAUCUUCAGUUUUUGUAGCAAAAAUUGUGAGAGCAAAUAUCUGAGAAAUGAAUGUUUUAUGACAUUUUUCACUAAUGUUCGAUAUGCGAGCCCUCGGUUUUGCGGCAUCCAUCGACAUGGUAUUCCAUUUCUUGCCAAACGCCAUUCGAAAUCUGCAUUGAACACGUGUCCGCGAUUCAUUCUUAUCAAACUCUUGAAGAAACAAAACGCCUU